ACUUUGCCGUAAGCAUAGGCUCCUUUUAGAGCUAGAUUAGCCAUAUUCAUAGGAUUUGCCUGCUAACACGCCCCCUACCGCCCCUAAAAUCCCUCCCAUCUCUCUUCUAGCUUCAACCCCGCUAUCUCCUUUUUAACCCCUGCAGCCGACCAUUGCACACAAAGGCUCAGCCUUUUUUGUUUGUGUGUUAACUCUUACUAAUCUGAAGGCAACAUGGAGGACUACCACAAACCAGACCAGCAGACCGUGCAGGCGCUCAGGAACCUCGCCAACCGGCUCCGGAUCCACUCCAUCAAGGCGACCACUGCUGCGGGCAGCGGUCACCCCACAUCAUGUUGCAGCGUGGCAGAGAUCAUGUCUGUGCUCUUCUUCCAUACCAUGAAGUACCGCCCUGAAGACCCACGCAACCCCAACAAUGACCGCUUUGUCAUUUCCAAGGGUCACGCCGCCCCUGUGCUGUACGCUGUGUGGGCAGAGACGGGCUACCUGAAGGAGAACGAGCUACUCAACCUGCGCAAGGUCGACUCUAUCCUAGAGGGACACCCAGUCCCGAAGCAGCAGUUUGUGGAUGUGGCCACUGGUUCUUUGGGCCAGGGCCUGGGAGCUGCUUGCGGAAUGGCCUACACUGGGAAGUACUUUGACGAGGCCAGCUACCGGGUGUUCUGCCUGCUGGGUGACGGCGAAAUGUCUGAGGGUUCUGUGUGGGAAGCCAUGGCCUUUGCCUCCUACUACCAGCUGGACAACCUGGUGGCCAUUUUGGACAUCAACCGACUGGGUCAGAGUGACCCGGCGCCCCUCCAGCACCACGUGGAGAAGUACCAACGACGCUGUGAGGCCUUCGGGUGGCAUGCCAUCAUCGUGGACGGCCACAGUGUUGAAGAGCUGUGUAAGGUCCUGAGUCAACCUCGCCAUCAGCCGCUUGCCAUUAUUGCUAAGACCAUUAAGGGCAAAGGCAUCCAAGCGGUCGAGGACAAGAUGGGCUGGCACGGGAAGCCUCUUCCCAAAGACAUGGCCGAGAGCGUGGUCAAGGAACUGCAGAGCCACAUGGUCAGCUGCAACAAGCGCCUCUAUCCAUCACCGCCCAGCGAGGAAACCGCACCAGUCAGCCUGCGCAACAUCCGCAUGCCCAGCGCACCCAGCUACAAAGCCGGGGACAAGAUCGCCACACGGAAGGCGUACGGCAUGGCUCUGGCUAAGCUGGGCCGCUACAACGAGCAUGUGGUGGCGCUGGAUGGAGACACCAAGAACUCCACAUUCUCUGAGCUCUUUAAGAACGAACACCCCAAUCGCUACGUGGAGUGCUACAUCGCAGAGCAGAACAUGGUGAGCGUGGCCAUCGGAUGUGCCGUGCGGGACCGCAACGUGGUAUUCGCCAGCACCUUCGCCACCUUCUUCAGCCGCGCCUACGACCAGCUGCGCAUGGCUGCCAUCUCAGAGAGCAACAUCAAUCUGUGCGGCUCCCACUGCGGCGUCUCCAUCGGAGAGGACGGCCCUUCUCAGAUGGGCCUGGAGGACAUGGCCAUGUUCAGAGCCAUCCCAGGUGCCACCAUCUUCUACCCGAGCGACGGUGUCUCCACUGAGAAGGCUGUGGAGCUCGCCGCUAACACCAAGGGUGUGUGUUUCAUCCGAACAAGCCGCCCAGAGAACAACAUCAUCUACAACUGCAAUGAGGACUUCCAUGUUGGACAGGCUAAGGUUGUGUACAAAACCAACGACGACCAUGUGACCGUCAUUGGUGCUGGUGUGACCCUCCAUGAGGCGCUGGCGGCUGCCGAACAGCUGAAGAAAGAGAGAAUUAACAUCCGUGUGAUCGACCCAUUCACCAUUAAACCCUUGGACUCCAAGACCAUCAUCGACAACGCCAGGGCCACCAGAGGGCGCAUCAUCACCGUGGAAGACCACUACUAUGAAGGUGGUCUGGGUGAAGCGGUGUGCUCAGCAGUGGUGAAUGAAAGUGGCUUCACCGUGCACCGCCUGGCAGUGUCGCAGGUGCCCCGCAGCGGCAAGCCCCACGAGCUGCUUCGCAUCUUCGCCAUCGACCGAGACGCCAUCACUCAGGCGGUACGCAAGGUGCUCAGCGGCGCCGCCAACGCCAAGUGAAGACCUCCUGAAGGUGAACACUGUCUGUCUUAUCUCCAUGGCGACAACACAUAAAGGAGGAGGGGGGGCACAUUCCUCUUUUAAAGCUCCUUUACAUUCCUAUGAGGAACAAAUAUACAAUAGAUGUUGUUUUGACACCCCACCCUUAAUAAACACGCACACCUGUAAGCCCUUACUGUGUGUCUCCCAGAGAGUGUGUAGUGUUUUCUUAAUCAUUUUGGUGCACCUCCUCAUUAGUGACACAACAUGGUUUAUUCCAAGCACUGACUGUUUUUAAACCCUUUCGGCGUCACACCAAUAAAAGAUGCUUUCUUCACAGCACUCGUCUCUGUCACCUUUCUUAUUAUGUCUCCAAUACUGCUGUUCCUCUCCUGUCCUGUCCUAUCGAUGGCUGUUAAAGUUAACGCUCAUUUAUCUGCUGAUGGUUCUGGUGAGUCAGUGCCCCACUUUGGUCAAACGAUUCAAAUACUUGGACAUUUUAACAAUUUACCCCAUAAAAAUAAGAUUUUUCGCACUUGGGAAAAAAAAGUUCAAAAUAGAUUGGAAAAAAAUAUGAAAAUAAGUAUAUAUUAUAUAAGUGUGACAAACAUGCAAAAUAAUAAGAAAUCAGGAAGGGAGCAAACACUUUUUCACACCACUGUUUAUACUGUCUUUGAAAUAUGGUCCAUAUGAUGAUGAAAUCUACAAUAUGCAUAUUUCAUACAUCAUGUUAAUAAUUGAAAGGACUUUUGAAAAAUUCAGUUCUUUUUCAUACUAGAACUGGGCCUGUCAUGAUUUUUUGCUGGACAUCAUCACUCAGUCGAAACUGUGAAGGACAGUUACAAAUUUAAUUGGGAUACUCAAAAGGUGUAGGAAUCAAUAUUAGUCACAAGCUAUAGUACCUCUUUGAGAUUACUUAUUACUUAUUAUUAUUAUUACUUACCUACCUUACUUACCUUACUUACUGACCUAUUUGUUUUAGAAAAUAAAGUAGGAAUGUAAUUGAAUACAUGGAAACUCAUCUCAUACGGAAUUUUAAGUAGAACUGAGACUAUUAAAAUGAUGGUUCUUCCAUAAUAUUUAUUUGUUUUUCGGGCACUAACAAUACCGUUGUCUAAAAUGUACUUCUACUCAUGGAAUGAAACAUUGGAAUUGGAAGGGCAAGAACUUUUAAAUAAAAUAAACACGCACAGAAGCAUAAUGUAAAUCAAUAGUUCCCUAAAGUGUAUUGAUUAGAAAAAACUAGAAAACUGAAACGUAACUCGUAUCACGGACAAUACGCCAUAUUUAUCAUUUUAAAAAAAUCAGUGUCACUUUCGUUAUUGUCUGGAUAUAGACCAAAAAGCAGAGAAAUAACCCAGAAAUACUCAGAAAUUCACAUUGUGUCACAUAUUAAUAUACUGUAUAUACACACACAUCAUGAUAUGUAAAAACUUGCUAUACUCAAUAUACAUGCAGCACUAUAAAUGCAUCAGUCUGUGACAAACAAACAUUUUUUUUGUACAAAUAGUACAAAUAUUUUCUCAAUAAAUAAAAUAUUUUUAAGACAUAUAAUACAUUUUUAUGAUUAGCAUAGUGAUAGUACACUGGUGGAAAUACAAGGAAAACCCCUACAAAAUGAUCAGAUACAAUAUAGAAGCUCAUUCUACAAGUGGCGGCUUGUCUACAACUCCAUCACACACGGUAUCAGGUGGGUCCGCUAGUCUAUUCUGUUUACACAUUAGACAUAUUAAAAAAAAAAAAAAAAAGUUU